AUGGUGGUAUCAGCAGAACCCCAACAGCAAUACUUCUACGGGACUGGAAAGCGUAAAUCGGCCAUUGCCAAAGUGCGUCUCUAUCCCGAUGACGGUACGGCUAUCAUCGUCAACGGCAAACCCAUGGAAGAAUAUUUCAACUGGCUCCCCUGGCAGUCCAAGGUGAAGGAGCCAUUCGUAGUCUCCGAAACGGUAGGACGCUUCCGCGUCAUGGCCCAGGUCUCCGGAGGCGGCGUAAACGCUCAGGCCGAGGCUAUCCGCCAUGGGAUCACUCGUGCCCUGGUCGUCUUCGACUCCGAACUCAAGGGUAACCUUCGCAGAGCCGGGUUCAUCACCCGCGAUUCCAGGGUCAAGGAAAGCAAAAAGUACGGACUGAAACGCGCCCGACGCGCACCACAAUACACCAAGCGCUAA